AGAGCGUAAAGACGGAACGCUAUGGUCGUUUAGGCUUAAAACCAAGACAUCGACAAAGUUUAGUGGAGCUAUCUCUUCCGCCUCUGCGAAUUUUAUCUCUCAUAUUUAGCUCCAAUUUUUGUGCGAACUGCCAAUGUUUCCUAAAAGAGGCCGAUCAUCAGACCCACUGUAGCCGCCUCUCCCGUUUUCUUCUUGCUCGGAGCUUCUCCAGGUCGGCGGUUGCUAGAAAUCUUGCUUUAAGAAAUUGUUCUGCACGCUUCACCAGAUCUGAUAUCCUUGCCUGUGCUUCAGUUUCUCUGUGAUUGUUUAUUCUGGAGGCUGUUGAUUAUUUGUUCUCGCGUAUAGUUUCAGUUUCUUCUUGGUUUAUAUGCGCUGGCUAUUACUUGUUCAUCCAAUUUCUGAAGAGUGGAGAGAUUCGUUAUUCUUUCUUGGGAGGUACCUGAAACGGUUGUGACUCAACAUUCUAUGGCCACUGUCUAUUUCCAUGCCGGCUUGCGUUUUAAAUAUGCUGAAUUCGGCAACCGGUCGAUCAUUUUCCCGUGCCGAUACAGGUAUUUCUCAAGAGAAACUGUUUGGCUUGGUGGAACUCACCAGACCUCUUCCAUCCCCACAUCACAUAAAAACAAAAUUUUGAAGGAGGGCUUUGAUGCCUGGGGUGCCUAUUUGAGAAAGAGUCGUUGGGCUGAGAGCACGAGGAUCAGAGCUAACGGUUCCUCUGAGCAGGAUUCGGAAUCGAAGGUUAGCACCAGCGACAGUAACAACGAAGCCUCGUCAAAGAGUAGCAAGGGAAUUAAUAACCCAUCAAAUCCUUCCUCUUCAUCUUCACCAUCUCCUCCCUCUCGAAGGGAGAAGAAGUGGAAGAGUAGUUGGUGGAAAGGAAGUAAAUGGCAAUGGCAGCCGAUAAUCCAGGCUCAGGAGAUUGGAGUUCUUCUGCUACAGCUUGGGAUUGUGAUGUUUGCUAUGAGGCUACUUCGGCCAGGAAUUCCUUUGCCUGGCUCUGAGCUUAGGACCCCGCCAACCUACAUCAGUGUGCCUUUUAGUGAUUUCAUGAGCAAGAUCAACAACGAUCAGGUGCAAAAAGUGGAGGUUGAUGGUGUUCACAUCAUGUUCAGACUGAGGUCAGAAACUGGAAUUGCAGAGGCUGAUCAAAGUGCUGUCAUCCGGUCUCAGGAGGCAGAGGCAUUGAUCAAAGCUGUGACCCCAACAAAGAGAAUUGUUUACACAACAACACGGCCUGCAGAUAUAAAGACACCAUAUGAGAAGAUGCUAGAAAAUCAGGUUGAAUUUGGUUCACCAGAUAAGCGAUCUGGUGGUCUAUUGAACUCUGCAUUGAUUGCUCUUUUCUAUGUUGUUGUAUUUGCUGGUCUCCUACAGCGCUUCCCUAUUAGUUUCUCUCAGUCACCUGGCCAGUUGAGAACUCGGAAGACAUCACGUUCUGGUGGAUCAAAAGUAUCUGAGCAUGCUAGUAUAAUAACCUUUGCAGAUGUGGCUGGUGUUGAUGAGGCCAAAGAAGAGCUUGAAGAAAUUGUUGAAUUCCUUAGGAAUCCGGAAAGAUACGUAAGGCUUGGUGCACGUCCACCAAGAGGGGUCCUAUUGGUGGGUCUUCCCGGGACAGGCAAGACACUUCUAGCAAAAGCAGUGGCAGGAGAGGCAGAAGUGCCUUUUAUAAGUUGUUCUGCUAGUGAAUUUGUGGAGCUCUAUGUUGGAAUGGGUGCAUCUCGGGUGCGAGAUCUUUUUGCAAGGGCAAAGAAAGUGGCACCUUCUAUCAUUUUCAUUGAUGAGAUAGAUGCAGUUGCAAAAAGUCGCGACGGUCGAUUUCGCAUUGUCAGUAAUGAUGAGCGUGAACAAACGCUUAACCAACUGCUCACAGAGAUGGAUGGAUUUGAAAGCAGCUCUGCAGUUAUUGUUCUUGGUGCAACUAAUCGUUCAGAUGUCUUGGAUCCUGCACUUCGUCGUCCUGGAAGAUUUGAUCGUGUUGUGAUGGUAGAGACUCCUGAUAGGGUUGGCAGGGAAGCCAUUCUAAAGGUUCACAUUAACAAAAAAGAACUUCCUUUAGGGGAAGAUGUAGAUCUUAGUGAAAUAUCUUCAAUGACCACUGGUUUUACUGGAGCAGACCUUGCAAACCUGGUUAAUGAAGCUGCCCUUUUGGCUGGAAGGUUAAAUAAAGUUGUUGUGGAAAAGAUUGAUUUCAUUCGGGCUGUUGAACGAUCUAUCGCUGGUAUAGAGAAGAAACAUGCAAAAUUACAAGGAAGUGAAAGGGCUGUUGUUGCACGACAUGAAGCAGGUCACGCGGUCGUUGGAACUGCUGUUGCUAAAUUGCUUCCUGGACAGCCGCGUGUUGAGAAACUGAGCAUAUUGCCUCGAUCAGGAGGUGCAUUAGGUUUCACAUAUAUCCCUCCUACAGCAGAGGAUAGAUAUCUUCUCUUUGUUGAUGAGUUGCGUGGCCGUUUGGUCACCCUUCUAGGUGGACGUGCGGCUGAAGAAGUUGUAUAUUCUGGUCGUAUAUCAACUGGAGCUCUUGAUGAUAUAAAGAGAGCAACUGAUAUUGCUUACAAAGCUGUAGCAGAGUAUGGUCUCAAUCAGACGAUAGGCCCCAUAUCGCUUGCGACAUUAUCUAGUGGGGGGCUUGAUGAUUCUGGUGGUGCAGCUGGUUGGGCAAGAGAUCAGGGGCAUCUGGUUGAUCUUGUGCAAAGAGAGGUGCAGUCACUUCUUCAAUCUGCUCUUGAAGUUGCUCUCUCGGUAAUACAUGCCAAUCCUACCGUGUUGGAGGGACUUGGAGCUCAUCUUGAAGAAAAGGAGAAAGUGGAAGGGGAAGAGUUACAGGAAUGGUUGAAGAUGGUUGUUGCUCCUGCCGAGCUGAGAUAUUUUGUAAGAGGAAAACGUGAUAAUGCAUUUAAAUUAAAGACAAACUCUUGACAAAUCAUGUUCAUAGCGUAGAAGAAUAUAUCGUCUUUGUAUCUUUUCUGGGAAAAGAUUGUUAAAAAUUAAGUUCUUUUCGAAGAAAAGCUGUCGAUUUCACUUCAAAUGUCCUCCUGUCAUUACAAGUGUGACUAUUCGGAUGGUCAAGAUUUUGAUGAGAAAUCUUGCUCAAGUUCCCAUUACACUGCAACUUCCUACAGGAUACAGGCUUUCCAUUUCCUCAUGCCAGAAUGGUGUUGAGCAAGUAGAUGAUUAGUAGUACAUAUUAUGUGCAACUUCCUGUACAUUAUUAUUGUUCCAGUCAAUUAAUCCAAUUAUAAGACACUGUAAAGUUACAUGUCACCAUGAUCCGUUGAGAUUUUUUAUGAAAGGGAAGUAUCAAAGCUGUCUGAUGUGA